GCGUUUAUUUUGUCUGGUUUGCUUUACUUGUGUUAAGUGCAUGUAUUUUUAUGAUUUAGUAUGUACAGCUUUAUCAAUUAUUAUUAUGAUGCCCAAUUACCAGUCAGGAUAGUUUGUUGAAACUGUUGACUACCUUUUUUUUUUUGCCCAGAUGAGUCACAAGGUUUUUGUGUAUGGUACUUUAAAACGUAAUGAACCAAACCAUCAUUGGCUAACAAAUAAGGAACAUGGCUACAGCAAGUUUAUCAGUAAUGGUACAACAAAGACGAAGUAUCCUCUCAUUAUUGCAACAAAAUAUAAUAUUCCGUUCCUGCUGUAUAGCCCGGGUAAUGGAUUUAAUGUGAAAGGUGAAAUUUAUGAAGUCUGUGAUGAUAUGCUUAAGAAUUUGGAUAUAUUAGAAGACCAUCCUUCGUAUUAUGUAAGGGAAUUAGAUGAUAUUAACGUGAAAAAAGAAGGCACUGAUGAAAUCAUAGAAAUUAAAUGUUGGAUUUAUUAUCUAAAAAAGUUUAAGCCAGAACUUUUGAGUCGUCCUUUAUUGGAAAGCUAUUCUUCCAAAGGAGGCCACGGGUUACCCUACAUGGAAAGAAUAUCCAAAAAGAAAGAUUCUGAUGAGUACAUGUCUAUAAUACAAUGAAAUCAAGAAAGAAAACUUUAUUAUAGAGCCGCAUAUAAAUGUUUAAAAAAUUGACCUGAAGAAUUGUAAAAAUUGAGGAGUAGGUACAUAAAUCAUUCUGACAGUCUUUAAAUAUUGGAAAAAAGAUGAAAAAGUUUGGAGACAAAUAAAUUAAGCAGCUAAUUUCAUUUUACAAUUCUGUUGCAUAAAGUGGUUGCUUAUUUAUCUGCUUAUUCUUUAUUUUUUUUAUUUAUUUUUUGUGCUAAUUAACUUUUACUACUUUUCUUAGUAAUUUUGUCGACGACUUGGAUGAUGUUUUUCCUAAAAAAUAAUAUGUGGCUCAAAAAUUAUGAAUAAAAAUAUUUUCAUUAUAUAAUAAUAAUUACCUAUAUUUAAAGGUACAUAUAAUUUAGAACUAUUUGAAUUGGAUAAAUUUAAUGUUACGGAACAAACAGGACCAAAAUAAAAGUAUUUUUACUGCUACUUU